AUGUUGAAGUUCUCAAACCUUCGUUUUACGGACGACAUUGUUCUCUUCUCGAAAAGUAUCACUGAAGCGGAGACGAUGUUGAAGGAACUAGGAAGUAGGGAAGCGGAUAGGACUGCGAAUCAACCGGAAGAAGACUCAGUUCAUGAAGAAUGCCUUUUGCGAGACGUAGGGAAGCGGAUAGGAUUUCGAAUCAACCGGAAGAGGACUCAGUUCAUGAAAAACGCUUUUUGCGAGGAUCAGGAGAUGGAAUUAGAAGGCCCAGUCGCGCGUCUUCUUACGUAUAUCUCGGGCGUUCAGUGA